AUGAUUGGUGAUAUUUUUAGGCUCAAAUCCACUGAUUUUUCUGUUGUAAAAGCCCCUUUGCUGACAUACUCGUCGUCAUCAACCGCUGCGUUCCAUUUCUUACUCAAGGGGUUUGUGAAAGUUGUCAAGAAUAAGGCCUACUUCAAGCGAUACCAAGUGAAAUUCAGGAGAAGAAGAGAGGGAAAAACUGAUUACUAUGCCCGUAAGCGUUUGGUGAUUCAAGAUAAAAACAAGUACAACACCCCUAAAUAUAGGAUGAUUGUGCGUGUUACCAACAGAGACAUCAUUUGCCAGAUUGCCUAUGCAAGGAUCGAAGGUGACAUGAUCGUUUGUGCUGCUUAUGCCCAUGAGCUGCCAAAAUAUGGCGUGAAGGUUGGUCUGACCAAUUAUGCAGCAGCAUACUGCACGGGUCUGCUGUUGGCACGCAGGCUUCUGAAUAAAUUUGGCCUUGAUAAGAUCUAUGAAGGCCAAGUUGAAGUGACUGGUGAUGAAUACAAUGUGGAAAGCGUGGAUGGAAAGCCUGGUGCUUUCACAUGCUACCUGGAUGCAGGUCUUGCCAGAACUACCACUGGAAACAAAGUCUUUGGUGCUCUGAAAGGUGCAGUGGAUGGUGGUCUAUCCAUCCCUCAUAGUACCAAGCGUUUCCCUGGUUAUGAUUCUGAAAGCAAAGAAUUCAAUGCAGAGGUUCACCGCAAGCAUAUCAUGGGCCAAAAUGUUGCAGAUUAUAUGCGUUACCUGAUGGAGGAGGAUGAAGAUGCUUACAAAAAACAGUUCUCCCAAUACAUAAAGAACAAUGUAACGCCUGAUGGGAUGGAAGAAAUGUAUAAAAAGGCCCAUGCUGCUAUACGGGAUAAUCCAGUCCAUGAAAAGAAACCCAAGAGAGAAGUCAAGAAAAAGAGAUGGAACUGUUCCAAGAUGUCCCUUGCCCAGAAGAAAGAUCGCGUUGCUCAGAAGAAGGCUAGCUUCCUCAGAGCCCAGGAGCACGCAGCCGAUAGUUAAGAUGACUUCCACAAUUUUCUAUCAAGCUUUGGAAAAAGUGACAAUAAAUUUAUUGAGUAAGCAA